AUGAGUGCCCAGUUGAUUGACGGCAAGGCCAUUGCCUUGCAGCUCCGCCAGAAAGUGCACGCCGACAUCCAGGCCGUGCAGGCCAAGCACGCCGACUUCAAGCCCAGCUUGACCAUCGUGCAGGUGGGCGAGCGCCCCGACUCUUCCACCUAUGUGAAGAUGAAAUUGAAGGCCGCCGAGGAGGCCGCCAUCCGCUGCGACUUGGUCAAGUUGCCCGAGUCCGUGACACAGUUUGAGUUGCUUGCCAAGAUCGCCGCCUUGAACGCGGACAUUGCCGUCGACGGCAUCUUGGUCCAGUUGCCCCUCCCCGCCCACUUGGACGAGACCAAGGUCACCAGCAGCGUGGCCGCCAGCAAGGACGUGGACGGCUUUGGCCCCCACAACGUCGGCGAGUUGGGCAAGAAGGGUGGCAACCCCACGUUCUUGCCUUGCACGCCCAAGGGCAUCAUGCAGUUGCUCGAGCAAUCCGGCGUCUCUGUGGCCGGCAAGAACGCCGUGGUCGUGGGCCGCUCCGACAUCGUCGGCCGCCCGGUUGCCAGCUUGUUGACCAAGGCCAACGCCAACGUCACGCUCUUGCACUCGCAGACCUCCGCCGAUAGCUUGCAAGCAUACUUGGCCUCCGCCGACAUUGUGGUGGUUGCCAUUGGCGUGCCCAACUUCGUCCAGGGCAGCUGGUUGAAGAAGGGUGCCGUGGUCGUGGACGUGGGCGCCAACUUCGUCGACGACAGCUCCAAGAAAUCUGGCUCGCGCAUGGUGGGCGACGUCGACUUCGAGUCUGCCUUGCCCGUGGCCUCCUUGAUCACCCCUGUUCCCGGUGGAGUGGGCCCUAUGACCGUGGCCAACCUCUUGGACAACGUCGUCAUUGCUGCCAAGGCCCACUACAAGAAAAACAACGAGACCCCGCAGUUCACCAACCCGCUCAAGUUGGACUUGCAGACGCCUGUGCCUUCUGACUUCGAGAUCUCGCGUGCCCAGCAGCCCAAGCGUAUCAACCAGGUCGCUGAGGAGGCUGGUAUCUUAGACUCGGAGUUGGAGCCAUUCGGGUUCUACAAGGCCAAGGUCUCCUUGGACAUCUUGAAGCGUUUGGAGAACAAGGUCAACGGUAAGUACGUGUUGGUCACCGGUAUCACCCCCACUCCUUUGGGUGAGGGUAAGUCCACCACUACCGUGGGCUUGGCCCAGGCAUUGGGCGCGCACUUGGGUAAGAACGUGUUUGCCAACGUCAGACAGCCAUCCAUGGGUCCUACCUUUGGUAUCAAGGGUGGUGCUGCCGGCGGAGGCUACUCGCAGGUGAUCCCCAUGGACGAAUUUAACAUGCACGUCACUGGUGACAUCCAUGCGAUCUCCAUGGCCAACAACUUGUUGGCCGCCGCCAUCGACACCAGAAUGUUCCACGAAAACACACAAAAGGACGCCGCUUUGUACAAGCGUUUGGUUCCUGCAAAGAAGGGCGAGAGAAAGUUCCCUGUCGCGUUCUUGAACAGGUUGAAGAAACUCGGCAUCGACAAGACCAACCCUAACGACUUGACCGAGGAGGAAAUCUCCCGCUUCGUCAGAUUGGACAUCGACCCAGACACCAUCACCUGGAGAAGAGUGGUCGACUGUAACGACAGAUUCGUGAGAGGAAUCACCAUCGGCGAGGCCCCUACCGAGAAGGGUAUGACCAGAAAGACCGGUUUCGACAUUUCCGUCGCCUCUGAGUGUAUGGCCAUCUUGGCCUUGUGCACUUCGUUGUCCGACAUGAGAGAAAGAUUGGGUAAGAUGGUUGUCGCCGCUUCCAAGGCAGGCGAGCCCAUCACCUGUGAGGAUAUUGGCUGUGCAGGUGCCUUGACCGCUUUGUUGAAGGACGCCAUCAAGCCAAACAUCAUGCAAACCUUGGAGGGCACUCCUGUCUUUGUUCAUGCUGGGCCUUUCGCCAACAUUUCCAUCGGCGCCUCGUCCGUAUUGGCUGACAAGAUGGCCUUGAAAUUGGCCGGUACCUCGCCAGACUUGACUGAGGAGGAGAGAAAGAAGCAAGAAGGCUACGUCGUCACUGAGGCUGGUUUCGACUUUACCAUGGGUGGAGAGAGAUUCAUGAACAUCAAGUGUAGAGCCUCCGGCUUGGCUCCAGACGUCAUUGUGAUUGUUGCCACUGUGCGUGCCUUGAAGGUUCACGGAGGUGGUCCCGACGUCAAGGCCGGCGCGCCAUUGGCUGCAGAGUACACGCAAGAAAACGUCGACUUGUUGAGAGAGGGUUGCUCCAACUUGGGCAAGCACAUUGCCAACGCCAAGGCGUACGGCUUACCUGUGGUUGUGGCCAUCAACAAGAUGUCGUCGGACUCCGACAAGGAGCACGAGGUUAUUCGCGAGGAGUCUUUGAAGUACGGUGCUGUGGAUGCCAUUGUGUCCAACCAUUGGGAGGAAGGUGGACAAGGUGCAGUUGACCUUGCCAACGGUGUGAUUGAGGCAGCCAACUCCAUCGAAAAGGACUUCCGUUUCUUGUAUGAGACUGCUCCAAGCGUGGAGGAGAAGAUCAGCACCAUUGCCAAGGAGAUGUACGGUGCUGGGGAGGUUGAGUUCUUGCCCGAGGCACAGAAGAAGAUUGAUCUUUACACCAAGCAGGGCUUUGGCGACUUGCCCAUCUGUAUUGCCAAGACGCAGUACUCGUUGUCGCACGACGCCGCGUUGAAGGGCGUGCCCACUGGCUUCAAGUUCCCCAUCAGAGAUGUGAGAGCAUCCAUCGGUGCCGGCUACUUGUACGCGUUGGCCGCCGAGAUCCAGACCAUCCCCGGCUUGCCCACGCACUGCGGUUUCAUGAACGUGGAGGUCAACGAGGACGGCGAGAUCGACGGAUUGUUCUAA